UAUGUAAGUAGAUUCCUUAAAUAUGCGACUAGUGUGUUAAGGGAUAGAGUGGUCUUGGUGCCACGAUCCACUGAGAUUCAGUUUUUGUUGCAAAGGUUCGGAAUGGGGGAAAAGGUUUGAUACUGUUAUAUUGGAUUCUUGGAAUACAUUUAUGGCUAGACUAUAGGGAGAUUGAAUUGGCCUGAGGACUAUUUGAUGGUUCUCUAACAUUUUGUUGCAAUAAACUAUCAAGAGAUUUCAUAGACUUUUUACUCUUAUAUUUUUCAAACCUAUUUCGAAAACUCUUUUCUUGAGCCGGGGGUCUAUAGGAAACGGCGCCUCUCUACCCCACAAAGAUAGGGGUAAGGUCUGCGUACAGUUUACCCAUCUCUCCAGACCCCACUUGUGGGAUCACACUGGAUAUGUUGUUGUUGUAAACUAUUAGGAGAUUUUUGUUAGUUGGAUUGACUAUGGAAAAUGGUAUUGGUUUUUGGGCAUCUCCAAGGGGUCAUCAAAUGGAGGGUGUUGCCUCUUUUGAUGGUGGUACAAGGUGUUCAUAUAUAGAUGACACAUACAACAGUGUAAUGGAAAUUAUGAAUCUUGAUUCAUGUGGAAUAGAGCAAAUGUUUGCCUCUUAUCCAGCAUUUUCGCCGAUUAAUCCGAUGUCCAUCAAUUAUGAAGAAUUGAACUGUGAAGAACAGAAUACUGAAACUUUUCCCUAUGAAGGGGAAAAUUUGAUGUUUCAGCAAAAUGAAGACCAGAAUUAUGUUACUGAUAUUGGGAACUGUAUAAUCCCAAAAUCACCUAGUCAAUCACUUGAUGAGAGAAUGCUCAAGGCAUUAGAACUGUUUAAAGAAUCAUCCGGUGGGGGAAUCUUGGCUCAGAUUUGGAUUCCAAUGAAGAGUGGUGAUCAGUACAUUUUAAGCACCUAUGAACAGCCAUUUCUACUUGAUCAAGUGUUAUCUGGAUAUCGAGAGGUCUCGAGGAAAUUCACUUUUGAUUUGGAAAUGAAACCAGGUCUUCCUGGUCGGGUUUUUGCUUCAAGAAUACCCGAGUGGACAUCAAAUGUUAUGUACUAUAAGGAGGCUGAGUAUUUACGUGUAAAAUAUGCAGCUGACCAUCAAGUCUGUGGAUCGAUUGCUUUACCAGUUCUAGAGGAUGAUGGACAUGAUACUAUAUGUAGUGCAGUAUUAGAACUAGUCACUACGAAGGAGAAGCCAGAUUUUGAUUUAGAAAUGAGUCAUGUUUGUCGGGCUCUGCAGGCAGUGAAUCUAAGGAGCACAACGCCUCCUCAAUUUUCUUCCCAGAGUCUCUCCAAGAAUCAAAGAGCUUCUUUAGCUGAGAUAAAAGAUGUUCUGCGAGCGGUUUGCCAUGCUCAUAGGCUGCCUCUUGCUUUGACAUGGAUUCCCCGUCAAAGCAAAAGUGUAAUAUGUGUUGAGAAUACAGCUUGUUAUGUGAGUGAAAAGGAGAUGCAAGGAUUUCUUCAUGCAUGUAUGGGACAUAAUCUCGAGGAAGGACAAGGUAUUGUUGGGAAAUCCCUCCAAUCCAACCACCCCUUCUUCUACCCUGAUGUGAAAGAAUACCAUAUAAGUGAGUAUCCACUUGUUCAUCAUGCACGGAAGUUUGGUCUAAAUGCUGCAGUGGCUAUCAGAUUACGUAGUAUUCUCACCGGUGAUGAUGAUUACGUAUUGGAGUUCUUUCUUCCUGUCGAUAUGGAGGGAAGCACCGAACAACAGCUUCUCUUAAAUAACCUCUCACGUACCAUGCAGAGAAUUUGCAAAAGUCUGAGGACACUAUCAGAUGCAGAAUUAGUGGGACACGGGGGUGAGAAGUGUGGGUUACAGAGGGAUCAAUCUGUUCUGAAUUUACCACCAAUUGACUUGUCAAGUUGGAUUUCUCAGCAAUCAUUAUUAGACGGCACUUUCGAUUUGAGUAAAAUUCCUGUAGAUGUAUGUGAUUCAGAGACAGCUGGAAUAGAAGCUAAUGGUUCUCGCGGACAGAUGACGAGUGUAUCAAGAAGACAGAUAGAGAAAAAAAGAAGCGUAGCGGAGAAACAUGUCAGCUUGAGUGUUCUUCAGCAAUACUUCUCUGGGAGCCUCAAGGAUGCUGCACAAAGCAUUGGUGUGUGUCCGACUACAUUGAAAAGGAUAUGUCGGCAAUAUGGGAUCUCAAGAUGGCCAUCCCGGAAGAUAAGCAAAGUGAAUCGUUCUUUAGUAAAUAUACGAACAGUGCUUAAAUCAGUCCAAGGGAUAGAAGGAGGAUUGAAGUUUGAUACAACCACUGGAGGUCUAGUUGCAGCAAGUUCUAUCCUCCAAGAUUUUGACACUCACAAACAUAUCCUCUUUCCCUGCAAAGACGCCUCGUUAAAAGAUCCUGAAUCCCUUCUUCACGACUCUGCGGUGAAAAUGGAAGAGGACUUGCAUGUGGAUGGAAACCAACUAGCAGAGUCGAACCAUUUCAGUCAUAGCUCUUUCAGGGCUGGGGAUAAACCAGAUAGUUCACUGUCUGGAGUUUAUCAUGGCUCCAAAUUGGUUGCAUUAGAUGGAGGGUCAUCCGCAAAUCCCGACACAUUGCCAUGGACCAGUUCUGGAAAUGUGUCACUGGAUUCUUUCCAUACAAAAGAAGGAUGGAGGAACUGUGGUUUGAACACAAGCAAUUUAAAGUUGGACAAUUCUGGCUGCCAUUUCAUCAGUCGAAAAGGAAGUAUUGAAAUGGAUGGAGAUGAUAAUGUUAUGGAACAUAACAAGGCGAGUUCUUCAGGCAUGACAGAUUCGUCAAAUACGUCCCGUUCAACGAUGAAUGGCAGUUCGUCAAGCUCCCGCAGAGUUGAGGAUGGUGGCUCACCAAUUACUGUAAAAGCUACUUACAAGGAAGAUAAAAUCCGAUUUAAAUUUGAGCCAUCAGCAGGAUGCUUCCAACUCUAUGAAGAGGUUGCAAAGAGGUACAAACUGCAGACUGGGACAUUCCAGCUCCAGUAUCUUGAUGAUGAAGAGGAAUGGGUGAUGUUGGUAAAUGAUUCAGACUUGAACGAGUGUUUGGAGAUACUCAACAUUCUUGGCACGCGAAGUGUAAAAUUUCUCGUUCAAGAUGUGGCAUGUGCUAUAGGUAGCUCAGGCAGUAGUAAUUACUUUUUGAUAAAUGGCUCUUAGUUACCAAAGUCUUUUGUUAAUGUGUUGUCUAUGUCCUGUUUCUAAAAGUUUACUGGUAACAAUGUAGUUUAAGAUGAGGCUGUAAGGUAAUGGUGAAAGUAACCUGUAAAGUUCAUUCAGUAAGAAAUAUAUAAAUUUCCUUUUCUGA